CAAUGCCAGAGUAAAAGKUGCACAUGGGCAAGACCUGGAAAAGAUCAAGGAGUUAUCAUAUGACUAUGUAAGCGAUGAAGAAAAUGGAUGCGAUGAGAAUAAGGGGAAAUGGGUUGUGAGGCAACCAGCAUGGAGAUCGGAGGAAGCCAAUAUACUCAUGAAGAGGCUCCAGAAUAAGUUGGAGACCACAACGUCUGAAAGGCCACGAGUGUCAAGGGUUGAUGGUCCUCCGUCUGACAGAUGUCAUCCAAGAAACAUAACAUUGUGGGCUGUAUCAUCUGAUGGCAUUAUUAGUCAACGCGUUCACUCCAGAAGUCCAUCUCCGGUGCAUAGRACACAAAGAAAUCAAGGCAGUUCAAGACUGGAAUCCAGAAGUCCAUCUCCGGUGCACAUAACACAAAGAAAUCAAGGCAGUUCAAGAUUCCAGAAUCCAGAAGUCCAUCUCCGGUGCGGAGGACAAAAAGAAAAAGAACRAAAGACACUGUCCCCGCAGGAUCACGAGGUCAACGUCAAGAUCUCCAAAAAAGGCGCCAAAAAGGAUGCCAAAAAACUUUAAUUUGCCAUCAGGAUAUUAUUAUUUAGUUGUAAUUAAGAAUAUGAGAUUAUA